UAGCAGUUCAGAUUUUCAUGGCCGACAUCUUUAUCGAAUAAGUACAAAAACAGUUCGUGUUUGAAUUGAAAUAUUAUCCUUCUUUUAGAUGUAUGAGGCUCGUGUAUAAGAUUUUGACAUAAGAAGGUCUUUACAAGAGCCUUCUGGGGGACAGCAUCUCUGUAAAUUCAGGAUGAGUAAUGUUGGUUCCACAGUUUCGUAUUCAUGUGCUAUGUGAAGAAGUAGCACAAUGUAGUGGAUUGUUCAACGGCUUGCCCUGACCAGAAAUUAUGGUGAAAGAAGACGACACUCCUCAACAAGGGCUUGCUAAUCCGACCUACACUAAAUGGCUGUUAGAGGCCAUUCGUAAGAUCAAGCAUCAGAAACAAAGGCCGAGCUGUGAACGCAUUUGUAACGCUGUCAGACAAUAUCAUGAAAUAUGUGAUGAUUUGGUCAUUGAGCAGUUGGAGCUAGCAGUCAAAGAUGGUGCUGUUCUUAAGGUCUAUAAUAAGGGGCUGAUCUCUUUUAAGGACCCAGCACGUGUUACCAAGCUAAGGAGCCGCACAGUUAAAAUCUCUAAGAAGACUGACUUGACCAAAUUGAUAGUAAGAAGCAUCAAAGAAUUAGGUGAAAUUGGUGGCUCUACCUUAAAAAGUAUCGGAAAAUAUAUCCGCAAUAGUUACACAGUUCAAUCUGUAGAUGAUGUUGAUGUGAGUGCCCAGCUUCGCCUGUCUGUAAAAAAAGCAAUCAAGACAGGUCAACUUGUUCAGGAAGGACGUUUUCUAAGGCUAGGCUAUGGAAGUAGUGGAGAGUCUGAAUCCAUAGGAAGCAGUGGUAGCGGGAGUUUUGGACCAGGAUCAUUUGAUGAAGACUUAAUGAUUACAAGUGACUUUUCAACCAACAUGAAAAAGAAGAAAGCCUCUCCAAUGCCUGUGUGUAGUUUUUGCCUUGGAACAGCAGAGAAAAAUCGCAGUGGUGUGCAAGAAGAACUGAUUUCUUGUGCAGAAUGUGGCAAUAGUGGCCAUCCAUCAUGCCUGAAGUUUUCAACAGAGUUGACUUCCAAAGUGAAGACUUUGAGGUGGCAAUGUAUAGAGUGCAAGACUUGUUCUUUUUGUGGGGAAUCUGGUAAAGAGGAUAACAUGCUGUUUUGUGAUUCUUGUGAUCGAGGAUUUCACAUGGAAUGUUGCGUACCUCCUAUAAGUAAACCCCCAAAAGGCAAUUGGAUCUGCAAUAUCUGUGAUCCCACUAAAGGUGGGAAGAAAGCGCAGAAGGUGCUACAGGAGUUCUAUGUACGGCAAAAAAUUGCCAGUGGAUCAAACAGAGUAUCAAAGCCAAAGUCAACAGUCAAAUCAGUUGCUAAAACAGGGUGCCCAACACCAGGUUGUGAUGGUUCUGGUCACAUAACUGGAAAAUACACUCAUCACAGGAAGCCAUAUGCUUGUCCAAAGUUAGCAGCUAGAUUAGGUCGCAGGCCAAGCAUUGGAAGACCAAAGAAAUCGGUCAAUGAUGGAGGAGUCAAAAAUGCUAAAACAUCUAGUGUUAAAUUAAUAAAUGGAGACCACAGUCCUUCUUCAUCUGAGAGCAGUUCAAGUGAAUCAGAGGAAGAAGAACAGUGUAUGGAGCGAGAGCAGGAGGAGACUGAUGCAUUUGGCAAUCCUUUAAGUGUGGUAUCUGGAAAACCAAAAGGACUCAUAGAUGGACUUACUCGUUUUUUCACUCCAACAGACCGAAGGAGGUCAAAGGUGUCGCAGAAUGCUUUCUCUGGAUCAUUAGCCCCAGCUUUCCUAAAGAAAGCACAAGCCAAAGCCAACAAGAAGCAAAGUAAAACACAGCAGGCAGCCAACAAGCUAAUCAAAAAGUACAAAGCCAAUAAACAGCAAGGUCAUAAGAAGGCAACUGUUCAAAAUCAGAGAGGUAGUGGACAACUUAAAGGCCUUUUUGAUGGUCUUUCCCAUUUGUUUACUGCACAGGGUGAACGUAAAAAAGCUAUCCCAGUGUAUGCUUCACCCCAGAGAUUUAAAAAGUUCAAAUUGGACUCUAAACCCAUGGUUCAAGGAGCUUCUUCAAGUGACAAUAAAACCGGUGACAUCAUCAGUGCUAAUACUACUACCACUUCUACUACUACUACCACACCUAGUGGACAAGGCUCAUUAUCAAAGUUAGGGCGAGGUGCUUUUCAUCGUCAUUUAGGCUUUGUGUCAGGGCGGGGCAGGGGGAGGGGUUUAGUCAAAAUGCCCUCCCAAAGUCAGUUGUCUUCUCCAUUAGCAAAGCAAGGACGUGGUGGUGUUACGUCAGCUAAGUCCAGUGUGCACUGUGGCCAUGACGUCAAAGGCAAAGGAAGGUUGUCCCUGGGUGAUUCAUCGGAUCAAGAUUCAAAAAAGAGUGCUGUCCCAAAAAUCACUGAAAAGGACAUAAGUCUGUUCAAAAAAGCACAAGACAGAGCCUUAAAGACAUCAUUACAGGUUUGUGAGAAGGAAGCAGAGAAUGUCAGUGCUACCACAACAGCCAACAUCCCAGAGCCACAGGGACGGCAUCCACCAGUGAUUGAAUUUGGGAAAUAUGAAAUAAUCACAUGGUACUCCUCACCAUACCCCCAGGAGUAUGCACAGCUGCCCAAAUUGUACAUUUGUGAGUUUUGUCUGAAGUAUAUGAAGAGUCGGAGUAUAUUAAAUAGACACUUACAAAAGUGUGGUUUGCACCAUCCCCCAGCAAAUGAGAUUUACCGCGAGAGUGGUCUGUCUGUAUUUGAAGUUGAUGGAAAUAUGAACAAGAUAUACUGCCAGAAUUUGUGCCUCCUUGCCAAGCUGUUUUUGGACCACAAGACCUUAUACUAUGAUGUGGAGCCCUUUCUUUUCUACGUGCUUACUGUCAAUGAUGAUGAUGGCUGUCACUUGGUGGGAUACUUUUCAAAGGAGAAACACUGCCAGCAGAAGUACAAUGUUUCUUGUAUUAUGACAAUGCCGCAGUAUCAAAGAAAAGGUUAUGGGAGAUUCCUCAUUGACUUCAGUUAUCUGCUUUCGAAGAUAGAAGGUCAGCCAGGGUCUCCUGAAAAGCCUCUAUCAGAUCUGGGCAAAGUAAGCUACCAGUCCUACUGGAAGAGUGUCAUCAUGGAGCAUUUGCACAAGGUCCGGGAUUCUAAAAUUACCAUAAAGGGAAUAAGUCAAGAGACUGGAAUGUGCCCUCAUGACAUUGCUGCAACACUGCAGUCCCUUAAUAUGGUGCUUAAAAAGGAUGACAAAAUGAAGAUCUGCAUCAAUGAAAAGAAAAUAGCAGAGCACAUGGCAAAACUUAGCACACAGGAUAGACUGAAACUCAACCCUGACAGCCUGCGGUGGACACCUCUAGUCUCGAACCAGAAUGUGAUAGACGAGGAGAGGAAAGCUGAAAAAGAGUUAAAGGAAAUGAGUAAAGCAGUAGGUACACUGGCCAGGGAAAGGAAGGCCUCCACAUCACAGCAGGCUGCACAGAAGAGUCCAGGGGAUAGCCCUGUCAAAAUAAAGCGGAAACGUGGGCGACCUCCAAAGAAUUCUAAGACAGAAGAUACAAAUGAACCGUCUAAAAAGAAGUCCAAAGUUGAUGACCACAGUGAACACAAAGGUGACUCUUCUCAUAAAUCUCCACCUGGAACACCUAAGAAUUCACCAAAGCAGGACAAAAAGACUUUGUCAAAGACUAAAUCCAAGCCUGGCCCUAAGAAGACAGCACUGGCAAAAAACGGCCUACCUGUGUCACCCAGGAAAAAGUCUGGGUGGCCAAAAGGUGUAAAAAGAAAGCCAAAUUUGAAAAAGUUACCCAAGAUUCCAAAAAGAAGGGGGAGGCCUCCAAAAAUAAGUCAGAACUUAAGUAGAGCCCUGGCAAGUUCUCACAAAAGAAUGGCUAAUGGUCACCAGAAUGACACUGAUGAAUCCUCCAGUAACAACAACAACAACAAUGAUAGCAAGGAAACCAACAAAGAAAAGGAGACAAAACACACAGCUAAUAACAGGGCGGCUGAUGGAGUGGCAGCCAAGAAAGAAGCCAACCUAAAUGCAGCAGAGACUGAAAGUAGAGAAUACAGAGAUAAUAGUGAUGAUGAUGAUGAUGACACAAAACCGUCCUCACCAACUCAGCCAGAUCGUUAUCCCUCAACAUCACUGUACAGUAAUAAAGAGGAAGAAUCGUCCAGCUCUGAUGAUAAUGUAAAUUCUGAAUCGGAUAGUGAAAGUGACAUUGACCAAGACAAAAAGGCAAAGAGAAAGGAAGAGCAGGUAGAGAUGGAUUCAGUUGUGAAAGAAAAACCAGAGGAAAUAUUUAUGCCUCGUGGUACGUCUACUUGCCAAACAACACAAGACUCUCUGGAAAGAAAAGGUAUGAGUGGUGAUGAUGAGGCUGAGGGUGAUGAGGAUGCAAAUGAUAGUGAUGAGUAUAACAACCGUGAAAUGCCAGAGCUUGAGACUGAGUUGAACCAACAGGUUAAUGAUAAUGAUGAUGACGAUGAUGUUGACAUUGAUAAAGCUACCUCCAUCCCAGGGUGUCCCUCACCAGAGCCAUUGGCUCCAGAAUUACAACCUGAGGGCAGGCUGCAGCUCACAGACAAUCGCCAUUAUCAUUCACAACAGCAACAACAACAAAGUGAAGAAGAUCAACCUGAACAGGUGAGGAAAGAAGACUCUCCCGAACUCACAGUUGACCACUUCAAUCAAGAUGCUGAUGAUGAGGAAGAGGAGGAGGAAGAGGAUGUUGACAGGACUCCUUCUCCACCAGUUACAGCUGAUGAACACUUUGAGUCGCCUGUCCCAAACUCUAUGGAUACGUCCAGCAAUUUGGAAGUAGCUUUGGCCAAGGAACUAGGGGAGAAUUUUGAUGAAGUUCAGCAGGAUGCACAGUUAACUCCAAAGUCCACAUCUCAGCAGGAAGGUAUGAUGUUAAAUUCCAUGGAACAGCAAACACCAGUGGGACGCCAUCAAAAGCAAGGUUGUGGCACUGUGUACCCAAAUAGUGGUACUCUUGGUAACAACAUGGGAAGUACACCUAAUUCAGGUCUGGGGAACAAUGGUUACACUGGUGUGGAAAUUGAUGUGACACAGCUCCCAGUAGGAUUGGAGUCUCCAACAUCCAUUAGUAGUAAUGAAAUGCCCCAUAGCAACAGUUCUGUAGAAACAACACCUACUCCACAGAAUUACUCUGACUGUGCCCAGGCACAAGUAAGCUAUCACAGCUCUGGAAGCUUCAUGGAGACUCAAGACUCCCUGUCAGGAGGCAAUGCAUACAUGGCUGCAGUGUCUAGUAGUGGGCAGUACUGCUCCCCACCUCCACAGCAGCCACCACCACCACCACCGCCCCGGCCCCCUAACUCUUAUGUGUCUAUGCAGAACACACAGCGUCUGACACACAAUGCUUCAUCCUGUGCAUUACCUCCACGCCAGAUGUCCAACUACCAGCAGAGCAACUCUAGCUGUAGUUUGGCCAAGCUGCAGCAACUGACCAAUGGCAUCAUGGACAUGGCUCCAGAUAGUACCAUGACACCACCUCCUAAUCUCACUCCACCACCACCAGUGAACAUGACACCACCUCCUCCCAUCCAGCGUAACAUCACACCUCCUAUUCCCAACCUUCAACCCCAGGUGUCUGCUGCCAGUUUGCAGCACUAUCAUAAGGCAUACCAGAGAAGGCAAGGAAUGCAGAAAGCCCCCAAUGUCACUGUCAACCCCAACGUGUCUUUUACCCCAAAUGUCACCAUACAGCCUGGCACUAAUAUGAUAACAGGUUAUGACAUGCUGAAUGGUUACAGAAUGCAGCAGCUGCAACAAGCACCAGCUGCAAUGUUAAAUACUAGUUACAUUGCCGCCAACCAGCGUUUUAUUAAUCAGCAUCAGUUUCCUAUGGGGAUGAUGAACAUGCACCCUCAAGCAGCUAACUUUCAACAACAAAUGCAGCCUCCUCAGCCUAGCAAUCCUAUGUACAAUACAUACAGCAGUUACUUUAAUGCUACUGGAAUUCCAUCACAAGCUGCUCUCAAUCAGCUUAACAUGAACAGUGUAAUGAGACGAUAGGAAGAUGAAUGUGUAAAUAAAUAUAUAGGGGUUUUGUGCAACUUUUGAGGCCUAGUCAGUGCAAGAAUGGACAUUUUACAUGUUUGUACAGGUUAAAUAAAGUAUGUAUGAUUAUAUAUGUAUAUUUAACAUAUAUGUAUAUGAUUAUAUAUAUGAUUAGACUGUAAAUAUAGCCCUUAUUUUAGUAAGAAUUUGUCCUAUGAGGUGAAACUUGGUAAAAUUUAGUGGACCAGUGUUUAGUGGAUGAAAUGAUAUGUAAUGUUUUUAGUUUUGUGUACAUUUUAGCAUUGCUGUUCAAAUAUAAUUAUUGAAAGCAGUUUAUGUAAUAACUGUUGUGAAAAAAAAUAUAUGGAGUACUGUGUUCUAAACAAACAGUACUAUACAUAUUUUAUUUAUGAAUAUUGGAGCAGAUUAAAUUUCUUGAAAGUAUUUUAUCUUCACCUUCUUGAACAUAUUUAUCAUGUCAAGCAUUGGACUAUAAUUGCUUGUCUAGAAAAAGAAAAUCUGAAGAACCACCACUGUUGAAUUUCUCAGGUUCUUUCAUGACUUUACCUUUUUAUAUAUUUUUUCUGUAAUAAUUUUAUCUUGCCUGUAGGUCCAUUACCAGAAAGAAAAUAAAAAAGCUGUAAAUGGAA